UUGGCAGACGGACACGCAAGGUUUAUUGCGGGGAGUACAGAGGUUGCCUGACUUUGUAAUACUGAAGUGGACCGAUAACGCUUUGCAAAAAUGGUUGAUGCUUUCUGUGCUACAUGGAAAAUGGUCGACAGCCAGAACUUUGAUGAUUACAUGAAGGCACUUGGUGUUGGUUUUGCCACAAGACAAGUUGCCAAUGUCACCAAACCAACAAUAAUUAUCAGCCAAGACGGAGACAAAGUGGUGGUGAAAACCCUGAGCACUUUCAGGAACACUGAGCUCUCUGCCAAGCUGGGAGAGGAGUUUGAUGAGACCACACCUGAUGACCGACGUGUCAAAUCCACUUUCACCAUGGAGGGAGGCAAACUCGUGCAUGUGCAGAAGUGGGACGGCAAGGAGACCAGAUUUGUCAGAGAAAUCAAGGAUGGGAAGAUGGUGAUGACUUUGACUUUUGAGGGAGUCCAGGCAGUCCGCACAUAUGAGAAAGCCUAACUUUACCAUGUCAUCCCUGCACUGCAACAAGGUGUCCUCCUGCUUUGUUUUUUUUUUUUUUGUUUUUUGUUUUUUUUUACAAAAAAACCCAUAAAAACAAAAGUGUUUUUACAGUAUGCAGUGAUUUGCACUUGGUUUGCUGUUGUAACUUGAGAUAAAUACUUUGGAAAAUCUUUUUGUAAGAUCUUUUGUAAGAAGUUCAAACUGUGAAGGGGCUAAAUUGUUUCAUUCUGAGUAUCACAUGUGGAAAAGGGAAAAAAAUAAAGUACCUGACUUAA